UUUGUCUGUGUUGCUCUUGUAGAUACUGAAUUUUUUGCUUCUGUUGCGAUCUUUAAUGGUGACAGGAACAACCUCGAAUUACUUUUUAGACAAUAGAAUUAAUAGAGCCGAGAUCCUUUUCCCUGGUGUUGGCUGCUUCUUGGUUGCAGUUUGCCUUGCUUCUACUGUCCACUCAUCUAAUGCAGCUGAUAAUAAAGAAAAGCUUGAAGGUUUUUCAUCUAAAGAGGGGUGUUUGGGAAAAGCACUCUCAUUGGACUGUCCAUAUGUUUCUUUGCUGGUGUUUGCUUUUCUCUAUUCUCACCAGCAUUCAACUUGGGAACAAAUGAUCAAUGGCAUACAUUGAAAGAUGGGGUUCCUCACUUGGUUGUCUACACUGCAUUC